AUACAGUAUCAGAGGGAUCUCUUGAACAAACUGUAAAGCUCAUGUCACAGUAAAACCGGCGCCUYUGCUCAUCGCAGAUGCAUGAAUUUCUGAAGCAGGUUUGACUGGAAUAGUACAGACAAUGGAAGUACUAGAUAUUUUGUAACUCUUAUWCUUAUUUGAAAAUUAUUUUUUGAAAAACCAGUGGAUCAGAGACAUUUCUUCCUGUCUUUGACAUUCAGGAGUCAUGCUUUUGMCUCAUGUGUUUGGAGUAUUUGURUUCUUCAGUCUAUGUCUCAGUUUCUUCAUUCCACACUGUGACGGGGGAAACAUUCUAGUGUACCCCAUAGAUGGAAGUCACUGGAUCAAUAUGAAARUUCUCCUGGAAGAACUUCAUGCCAGGGGACACAACAUCACUGUGAUCAGACCUUCUGCCAGCUGGUACAUUGCAGAAAAAUCUCCCCUGUACACGUCAAUUUCAUUUGAAAUGAAAGAAGAUGUGGAGGACUUCUUUGAUGACUUCAUAGAAGAACAAAUGAGGGUGAACCAAGAAGGAGCUUCACUGCUGACUUUCUUCAAGCUCACCAAGACAUUCCUUUCCAUGAUAGCUCGAGGCCAUUCUCUUUGGUGUGAAGGUUUAWCUCAAAUCUUUGAAAGUCCUAAACUAUUUAAACGCCUAACAGAAUCCCACUAUGAUUUGGUUCUCACUGAUCCAGGAAUAGCACCAGGAGUUGUGUUAGCURAAUAUCUCAAACUGCCAUUAGUUCUCAAUGUACGCUGGAUYACCAGUGGAGAGGGCCACUUUGUGAUGGCCCCCUCCCCAUUCUCCUACAUUCCAGUUCCGGGAUCUGGUUUUACUGACAAAAUGACUUUCAUCCARAGRGUCAAAAACUGGUUCUUCUACAGCAUCAUUUGGUAUCA